UAUACAUCAUAUCUUCAAUGGCGAGCUAUCUAUAAAAGUUAUUAUGAUUUAGAACCGGAAUUAUUCUUCUGUUAAUUUAAAUUAAAUAUACAGAGACAAGUUUUAUAGUUAUUUAUUUGUUAAGAACCAACCACCAAUCAAAAAGUUAUGUGUGUUUUGGAAAAAGGUAAUAAAAAAAAGUAUAUAGUUUUAUAAACGUAAGAGUUAUCUACCUACCAAGUUACAACCAUGUUAUUUGUAUAAACAAUUUUGUAACGUGAUAACGUAUAUAAAUUCAUAUGAAAAAAAUCAUAUUAUGUAAGUAAAAUUUCUGCAAGUAUUAUGCAAGUAAAGUUCUUUUGAACAAACUGAAAAAAAUGUUAUUAAUCCAUUGAAAUAUAGUAUUAUUAUAAGAAUAGGUACCUAAUUUAUAUAAAUAAUCAGUAUAGAAAACACGCGCAAUGUGGUUUUAUUAUUGAUUACUUAUUUAAUUUUCGUAUAAUUAUAUACAUAUAACAAUAAUGAAUUUUCAAAAAUUGGACUUAUAUAAUAUAAUAUAUACUUGAUGAUUCAUUCAUCAUGUUCACGCCAUUUUUUUGGUUAAAUUUGUGUACAUUCAAAUACAGAUUUUCAGAAUUUUUAAGUGUGGUUAAAGUCGAUAUUUUUGAAUACUUAAAUGUUUCAAAACAUUUAAGGAGUAUUUAGUAUUUUGGUUUUUCAAAUGAGAACCUUUAUUGAAAAUUGCAUAAAUAGACGAAGUGUUACUUUAAAUAAAUGUUGGUGUUAAAAUGUUUGAUUUCCGUCAACCCGUUGACGAGAUAUUUCAUUUUUAAGUUUAGCUUGGGUAAGAGGUGAUUAGUGGAACACUAAUGAAAUGCCACGCAACACAACGUGCCGUUCACAUAAAUAAUACUUCAUUACUCUCGCCCUCCUUAAACUUAAAAGUGGAAUAUCUCGUUAACAGGUUCAUUUAAAUCAAACAUUUUAACUCCAAAAUGUACUCCUUAAAUGUUGUGAUAUAUAUAAGUAUUUGAAAAUAGCGGCCUUAACUAUACUUAAAAAUUCCAAAAAUCAGAAUUUAUAUUCAUUAUACAAAAUUAAAAAAAAAAAAAAAAUUGAGUGAGCACGCUCAGUGAAUCAUCAUGUAAACUAGGUUUAAAGCUACUUGAUAGUUAGUCAAUUAAUGUACCAAUGUAGUAAUAAUACAAAUAUUAGUUUAGUCAAGAUAUUUGUUUCGUCUAUAAUCAUUGAGGUACUAUGAAUAGUACCUAGGUAUAGAUAAAAACAAAAAAAGUCGACCAUACUACAUAUGACGGGUGGGCCACUGUUGUAGAUGAGAAACUGGGAAGGUAAGAUAUAAAGAAGAUAUUUCCGAUUUUCGUCAAAAUUUAAUAUUAAAAUUCUUAUUAAAAAAACAUUAAACUCAAAUUUAUCUUGUUAACCAUAAAGUACAACUUAUAAUAAACCUCUUAUUAAAUUUCCAAGCACUUUUGAAGUGUCUUAACAAUUUUAUCCACCUAUCAAAUAAAAAUUGUGUAAAAAAAACUCACAAAAAUAAAAUGUCUACGAAUAGUUCAAAUAUAGAUAAAAUAUUUUGAAUGUUUUACUACGUAUAUAAAAGGAAAAUAUAAGUUCCUGUCCAAAUUUAAUGUCUCUGCGAAUAUUUUUAACUGAAUCGCAACAAAAGUUUAAUUUAAAAAUAAGUAAUUAAUAGGUAAUAGGCAUUAUUUUCGUAAAUUUUCCCAUUUAUCCUGCAUUUAUUACCGGCUUUUCCCAAUUAUUAUAAACAUUGCUUAGAAAAUUGAAAAAUGUCUAAAAGAAACGCCUAGAUUUUUUCCUUUCAGAAAAGAUGUUACACUUGAAAAUCGGAGAAAGAUUAUCUGAGAAAUUUUGUACCCAAUAAAAUAUAAAAAAUAUUCAUUGUAAAACCAAUCCAUUUCUCAUUUUUCUCAGAAUCUAAAAAAACAUUUUUAUAUUCAUACAAACGUGAAUCUUUCUGGUUUAUUUCUAAAAACCACCGCAUACUGAUCACCAUAUUUCAACCCUACUUCUUUGUAUCAUUAAAUCACCAUCUCGAUUCAAAUAAGUUCACAAAGCAUUGAGUUCCCAGUGGUGUCUUUAGGUUUUUUUCUUGGGGUGGGCUAUAAUUUUAUUUAGUAGUAACAUACUUGAGUAACACCUCGAUAUCAUGAUCAAUUACAGUAGGUAUUUUGUGUUCGUGUCCAGAAUUUUAUCUUGAUAUUGAAACAGUGGCCUAUAGUCAUUAAGUUCAUCAGUAGAAACUGAUGUGUGGAAAUAAUUAAUUAUUUUUAAAGGUUUCAUGACUAAAAACGAAUACUAUUUUGUUUUUUAAAAUCGAUAAAAUUCAGAUUAAAAUAAUUGCAAGAAUGCAAAUUGUUAGAUAAAUAUUAAAGAUCACUAGAUCUUAAUGAUAAGACGCUUGUGAUAACAUAUCCAUCAUAGAUUAUCGAUUAAUUUCGAUAAUAUCACGUAUAUCUUAUACCUAACUAUAUCUUAGUCUGUGGUGCAUAAACCCGUAUAGUGUAUACUAGUGUAUAUCGCCGUAAAACCACUCUUAUCACUCAAGGAGAGCCCGUAAUCACCCAUAGACUUUAUACUAAGUAGUAUAAGGUCUAUCUCUAUGUCUUAUGUGAUCACUGACCACAGAGACCAACUCAAAUAUACAUAAAAUAUUUUAAUUCUUGCAAUUAAUGUAAUCAAUAAUUAAUAAUAUGAUAAUAACCUAUUAGUGAAAUAUAUAAACAAUUUCUUUUCACGAAAUGAAUACUAAAAUUUUAUAUCUUGUAUUUUUUUCAUCAAAUGGCUAUCCACUUGGUGAAACAAAAUAUUUAGUCUUUUUGUAUAUAUUAUUUUGUAAACAUUUGAAAUUGGGAUGUAUGAUAUUAUUUAAAUUAAGAUAGGUAGGUAAUUUCGUUUCAUUUGUAAUAUUUUUAAUUUUAUUUCUUUACCUGUAUAUUUGGUAAGAAUUAUUUAUACCUAUUCUGGUAUACACGAUUUUAGUAAAUUAUACAAUUCUAUGGUUACAUGACGUAUAGUAUAAGUAGUCAAGUAAACAAGUGUAGUAACGUAAAGACAAGUGUGUUUAUUAAAUGGAAUUCGACGCGAAAAUUAGAUAUUUUGAAACCUUUUAUUAUUAAAAAAAAGGUAGGAAAUAACCAAAUUAUUGUAUGAACCCUAGGUAGAUGUUUGGUUGAAUUCCGUUGCGUAUGUUUCAAAAGUAAAAUCAAAUGUAAUAUAGCCGUGAAAACUAAUUGUUUGAAUAAAUAAAUUAGCACCUACCAUUAUUGAAAUAAUUACAUAUCCUUAACACUAGUAAAAAUAAUAUCUAUAAUAAAGACUAAAUAAUAUUUUGUUUCACUAAUAGGAUGACCGUAUAUAUAAAGUGAAAUAUUUCUGAAAUUUGUAUCUAACAAAUUCUAACAAUUGUCUAAUAAUAUCGAUCAUAAUCCCAUAGAUAUGAUUUGAUACUUUUUUUAAAUGUUUAUCUCAUAUGCAGCAUUGGACAGUGGAUAUGUACUAAGCACUAACAGUUUUUAAAGUUAAAUAACUUUUAAAAUUUUUUCUAACAAAUUCUAAAAAUUGUCUAAAAAUGUUGAACAAAUCUGAGUAGAAUUUGUUGAAGUGGAGUCUUAAAGUUAUGCUAUGUUUAUAGUGCGAGCUUAACGUAGAUGAAUGGGUGUUUUAUACUGAAAAUGUAAUGAACAACCACGAUUAAAUUUUUCUGAGGGAUCUAAUUUUAUCGGUUUAUAAUAAGUUAACAAAACUUAAAUUAACGGAAAAUUGUUUUUUGUUUGUUUUUUUUUAGCAUUUUAGAUCUGUUUGUGCAUUGGGAAUGUCAUUUUUUGAUUUUUCCUUGUAGUUUUCAUUAUGAUUGGGAAAAUCGAGAAACAUGAAUAUAAAAAAAAACAGACAAAUUUACGACAGUAAAAGUUUCAUUAUUUUUGAUUUUAUUUUUCUACAAGAAAUCUUUCUCCAAAUUUUAAGUGUGCAUCUUUUCCAUAAAAAUAGUUUACCUAUUCGAUCUAUUAGAAAAAAAAAAUUAAAAUUUUACUUGUUUUUUAACAACUGAAAAACCAAAAAAAAAAAAAAUUAGAAACAACUGGACAUAUUUUGGAAAUAAUGGAUUCUUUAUUUUCGAUUUUUUUUAGGUUUGUUUUGGUUAUUUGUCGUUCUCUCGUUGGAGUCGAUUAUUCUGCAAUCGGCUACAACAGAAGAAUUGUGUGUUGAAGCGGAUGACCAGUGCUCAGAUACCCAUGUUCAGUUUUAUUUGUACACAAUGUAUGUUAAGUCGUCAAAUAAUAAUUUAGUGUUCUAUGUAUGUUGCCCAUAAUAUGGUCAUAUUUAUAUUAUAAUUGCCACCUUUUGCAGUGGGUUAGGUUAGUUUAUGCGUAUAAACGUACUAUUUAAAUAUGUUUGAGGAAAGCCGAAACUGGUUCAACCUCAGGAAUGGCUAGGUAAAACCGUGGUGUCUAAAAAUUUGAUUAUCUCAUAGUAGAAUGUGUGCUAUUUUAAAAAUAUUAUAUAAAAAUAACUAGUCGAGGCUCACUAUGUAUGGUAAGUGAGGUUCUGUCUCAUCUAAAAUUUACUUAGUUUAACUUAUAAAUGCCAUAUUUAAAAAAAAUGGACAUACUUCGCACUAUGGGUGGGCCACUGUUGGGUGCGAAUUGGAAAGAUAGAGGGGAAAUUUAAUGUAUUAAGUGAUUCAUUGAAAAGGGCACACUCAUUAUAUCGGAAAGUAUUAACUUUUUCCGGAAUUUGUUUUCUAGGAAAUUUAAGAAACAAGCUGCUCUACAAUUUUAUAUGCAUGUUUUUAUUUAUCACCCUUAUUUUGGGGCAAAAACUACUACCACAUAUGAUUUUUGAAGGAUAACCUAUAUUGAAAAUUCAAUAAUUAGGUGCAGAAUCAGUUAAAAUAAAUUUUAGUGAUGACAUUUUUGAUUUCCAUCAUGUCAUUGACGAGAUAUUUUACUUUUAAGUUUGAGUUAGAAGAGAGCUCAAUAUUUGCACAAUUUGUUUUUGAAAAUUAUAAUGAGGCUGGGGGUAGAAGGGGCUGGCCAAACGUGCGUUUUGAAUGUGUAAAAUAAAGAAUCAUAUUAAUUGUAUAGCUGUUUUUAUAAAAUAUUAAAGAAUUACUUCACUAUAAAAAUAUUAUGAAAUAUUCAAAUAUAUUAUAUAGACGUCUUUGCCUAAGUGACGUCAGUCUUUAUAUUCGAUUUUUUUGGCUCGGUGAUAGUGUUUCUAUUAUUUUUGUAAACUUUUACAGGCUUAAUAAAGAAAAUCCCAUUAAGAUAUCGAAAGAAACAGACUUUAAAGAGAUACAGUUUUCAGAAACCGAACAUUUGAAAAUAAUGAUACACGGAAUAGGAGGAUCGUAUAAUGAUGAUUUUAAUACGUCAAUUAGAAAUGGUGAGUAGACGAACACUAAGUUAUGCAAGUACUGUUUUAAGUUCUAUAAUAUUAACUAAUAGAAUAUUUCCAAUCAAUUAUACUCAGAAGUAGCAUGUAAAAUGUAUUAUAAUAGUAGAAAUUAGCGAUUCGAGACUUUGAUACUCAUGACAGUAUCGAAUAUUGAAAUCAAUGUAAAUUUUAAUAUUGCUUAUUUCUUCUUAUUAUUAUUAUUAUUAUUUAGAUUUAUUUGGUUCCCAUGACUAUCUCUAUCCGUCGAAAAAGUAUUUUAAUUCGGCUAAACUCUCAAAGUAAAGCUUCUGCAUUAAUUUUUAAUACAUCUUUCUACUUUAUACUCGGGCAUUCUAGAGGUUUUUUUUUUUAUUGAGUUCUAUUUCAGCACUUCCCGUAGUAGUAGAUUUUAGUUUCUCCAUGCAUGUCUAGCAGUCACAAUCUUCCGUUUUUGAUGCUUUAUAAAAUAAUUUUUUUCAAACGUUAUCUGUAGUUCUCUGUAAUAUGUUAUUAUUUACUAGUCUAAACUCUUCAGAUCUCAUUAAGUCCGUUUGUUGUAUGUUAUGUUCCGAAAUUGUGCAGGUAAUAAAAAAAUAAAAAAAUAAGAGAGGGUUAUUUUUCUAUAUAUUGAAAAUUCUGAAAAAAGUAAAGAAUGUAGCACUUAAUUAGCUUAAUAAUUAUUAAUAAAGUUCCAAAUAGAAUUAGUUAAAUGUUAACUGAUAACCCGUUUUAAUAAUAUUGAACGAAACACGUAACGAGUAAAUAUUGUAUAUAAGGUGUUCAAUCGUUGAUAAGACAAACCUAAUCUCGGAUAAUGUUUACUUUUUCCAAAAAAUUGUAUUAAUAUUUGUUGGAUAAUUAAUUUUUUCAGUUAUUAUUGUGCUAAGAUAUUUAAAUACUCACCUUUUUUAGGUUCAAAUCGGUCUACUUUUAAAGAUCCACAUGUUAGCUGUUCUUAUUUCUAUAUAAUCAUGUAUCUACUUCGUUUUCUUCUAUUUUAAAUUAACCUGUAAAUACUUUCAGUACUAUAUUAUUAAAUCUAUUGAAUAGCAAUUUGUAUAUAGUCUUAAAUUUCAUAGUUGCCAUAGUAUGCCAACAAACUACUGCCUAGUUGUGUACCUUUAUUUCUUUUCAAAAUCCAAUUUCCAACCAUCCUUUUAUUUUUUCUAUGACAAGAAUAGAAAAAAUAAUUAAAUAAUAUAAAAAUAAAAUGUAUUUUAGCUUAUUUUGAACAGGGUCUGGAGUAUAACAUAAUAUCGGUAAACUAUUACGAUCUUAAACCUAUCAUAGAAUGUUAUGAAAAAACCGUCAAAAAUGUGGUACCCAUCGCAAAUUGCAUUGCACAGCUUUUAUCGAAUAUUUUGGACGUAAAAAAGACACAAUUCACUUAUGUCCACGCCAUCGGAUUCUGUGUAGGAGCUCAAAUAGUCGGUUAUACAGCUAAAUUAUUAAAAGAUAUGAAAAUCACUUUCCAAAGAGCUACGGGUGAGUAUUUAGUAAUGCAUUAUGUUUUUUUUAAUCGUUCAAAUCGUGUAGCUAUCUGUAUUACAAUUUUUUCACGUAUUACAAAUUCAAAAUCGAUUAUAUUUUAAAUAACUCAUACAGGGUAUCUAUUUAAUGACAGGUUUAGAUCCAGCGCUACGUAAUUUUGAGUUAAUUUUUAAUUUUCUGGAUAAGGAAAGCGCGGAUUUUGUAGAUAUCAUCCAUACGAAUUGCGGAUUUUUCGGACAACUAAUGCCCGCCGGAUCUGUUGAUUUUUAUGCCAACGGUGGAAUCAACCAACCAGGUUGUCCAAAUAACACGCGUGUGUAUUUUUUCGAAAUAUUAUUAUUAACUUUUGUUUUAUAAAAUAAGAAGACAAUUAUUAUACCUUUUCAGCAUUUAAAAGGUACUGUUUACAAACUUUUCACAAUAAACAGUAUCUUCACGUAUAUAAUACAAUAUUAUAUGACGUACCUAUCUACUUAAAUGAAUAAUAUUAUAAACUAACGUAAACGAAAUAUUACUGUACUGUUAAAUUUUAUUAUUAUUUUAAUUAUCUAGUUUUUCUAUGUCUUAACUUAAUCAAUGUAAAAACUGUUCAAAAGUUUAACUAGCUAAUAAUUUAAUAUGGGACAGGAAAAUUGAUAUUUAUAGUCGUCGCCCGGUUCAGACAUUUUGUAUAUACGCAGUUUUCCCAAUCUAUGUUUUCACUACCGUUCAUGUUGCUUAAUCUUAAUUUGCGAUUAGAUUAUGUGUUGUUUUCAUCAAUCUUCUUAUUACCCGUCGUAAGUACGCAUUUCAAUACUUAUUUCUACAACUGACAAUCGUGUGCUUUCAUCUAUACAACGUUUCCGAUUGGAGACCGCCUACGGUGGUUUUGUUAUUGCAUAAUAAGCUAACCUAACCUAACAGUCGUUAAUUAAUAAUAAUCUAAGGCCGUCAUUAUAUCAUAAUGUCUAACAAUGAUAGUAAGAAAAAUAAUAAGGUCUCCCCGUUAAUAAUCGUUAAUAUAAAUAAACAUGAAAGAAAUGACACUACUUUCAACGCAUCUAAUGAUAAUUGGAUCAUGCACCAAUCUAGUAAAAUACACCAUUCCAGCUCCUCUAACGAAUUUUAUAUCUCACCAAAGUAUUAUCUUGUCUUCUAAAUAGAAAAAAAAAUACUAACAAUACUUACAUAAAUGAAUCUCUUUCAGUUUUACUGUUCAACGACUAAAAAAUCAUGCUAAUGAACUCGAAACCAUACUAAAUAUAUUUGUUAUACAUUUGUUGUACGACUUUCAAUACUCUGGAGUUUGCCUUAAGAUUAUGUAGAUACUUUCGGUUAGGCUUAUCCUUUAAGAUGCUAUAUUUUGCACUUGUACGCCCUAUUUUGGAGUAUGGUUCCGUUAUUUGGGAUCCUUGCGCCAACAAAGACUCAUUGAAGCUGGAAAGGGUUCAACGAAAAUUCUUGAGGUACGGAUGCUUUAAAUUGAAUAUCCCUUGUGAAUCCCAUAACUAUGAACCUGUUGAUUUGAAACUUGGCUUGGUUUCCUUAGCUGAGCGUAAAUGUAUCUCAUUGAUGUAUCACAUAUAUCAUUAAGUUAUUGGAUGGUUUUUUACGAGAUUAGAUUGACUCUUCUGAAUUACUUUCUUUAAUCUGCUUCAGAGUACCUCAACGUUCCUUCCGAUCUAUAACUCCUUUUUAUGUCCCCUUUGCCUUUCUUAAAAGUGAACUCAUCGGACAUAUGAUGACGAAUGCCUAUGUUGACCCUUCGUUUCUUCUGAUUCUUUUUAUGUAAUAACUGUCUAACUAUUAAUAUACAUUAUGUAUAACGCAUGUUUAUAUUAUGUUUAAAAGGGUUUAUCCCGUAUAUUUAAUAAAAAUAAUUGGCAAACGUAUUGGCAAUGCUCUUAUAAUGGAAACGCAUUUUACCCAAUUCUUACACAUGCACAUCACAGGUUAUAAACUACUAAAAGAUAACCAUCCAGAGAAUACCGCACAUAGUGGUGUUUCCAUAUUUAUUAAAUCUACAUUAAUAUUCUAACCUCUAUCAAAUUUUAGUCAGGAUUACUUUAGAUCCUGUUUUAAUUAAUCUAAAUAAUAUUUUUGUGGCAAUAGCUGUAGUUUUCAAUUUAUUCACCAUUGAGACAUACAAUUUCUAGUGCUAUCUUUUCUAAUUAUUUUAGUACUUUUAAUAGUUUUAUCAUCGGUGGUGACUGCAGCGCACAUCAGAGUUGGAAUUUCUGUAUGAACAAUUCACGUGGUCUUGUUCUACGUAACUUUAUAAGUGUUAACAAUUUUAAUAUACUUGGUCCUCCAGGUCCCACUAAUAAAUUGGCUAUCCUGCCCUUGUAAGAAUCCAGACAUACUUGGAAUUUUCGUUACGUAAAUUCCCUCUAACAUACACUGCUCCAUUAAUAACCUCUUUGAUUUAAACUCUGAUCUUUUAUUAGUUCUCCUAACGCUCAUUUUCGAUCCACCAACUCACCUGAAGCAAUCUAAACUUUUUAUACCUCUGAUUGAAUUAAAUUACAUGACAAAGUGAGAUGACAUAAUGAGAUAAAAUUAAAUAUUAUUCUAAAAUCUUUUGAUGACAUAGAAUCAGCCGCACAUUCAUUCACAAUUCAUGCAUCAUCGGCCUGUAAACCACAUUUCCUUGCCAUCUCGCAUACGAAUGCUCAUAGCAGAAAAGUGGAGAGUGAGAACUCUUCAUAAACAAAUUUGACUACCAUUAGAUAAACAUAAAUCUUAUAAUAUAAUUAAUUCUAUUAAAAGAACAUUGUCUAGAAAUAAAGCUCUUUUCGAAAAAAAAUAUUUAUCAAAUGUUUUUAAUAAUGAUGGUUCUCUUUGAAAAGCAGCUAAGCAAUCGCUUUAAUUGAAAGUCCCAUAAAUCCCGAGUAUUGAAAUCAGGCUGUAGUCUUGCUUUUUCGGACGCUUCUUCGGCGGAUUUAUUUAAAAAUCAUUUUUAUGAUACAUUUCAACCACCGCAGGAAAUUUGUUCACUCAUUAUUAUUUACAUUGUUUAAACGUAUUUUGACUCUCCACUUCUUAUAUAUCUCCUAGUUAAACAUUUUAAACCUAAUGACAUUAAAUUCACCAUUCAGAAAUGCUUUCUUAAAGAGACUCCAGGAUAUGAUUUAAUUACGGCGGAUAUCUUUUCCUGAUGUUUACCAAAACCUUCUAUUAAUCUUCAUAGACAAUUAUUCAAGCAAAUUUCGAUUUUCCAAUUUUAUACUGUCGUCAAGAACAGAAAAGAAAAAUAUGUGAAAAAACAACAUUAAUAAUUAAUAAAUAAAAAAUAAUUGAUAAUGAAAAAAUACGUAUGGAAAAAAUUAAUAACAAUACUUAUAUGAAAUCAAACAGUUAAAAUUAAUUAAACAGAAAAUAAGACAAUAUUGCUUUUGAAAUAUGUAGCCUUAAAUUUAAAUUAGAAUAAAUGAGCUAGGAAUGGUACUAUUAUAUUACUGGCUUAAUUUAAUUUUUAACAUAAAAAUAUAAUACAUCACUAUGCCGAAUAUACUGUAAAUAACACCGGAAGAGAUUAAAAAUGUAGCUAGACAUUCAUAAUUGUAUUAUAUGAUAAAUAUUUCGAAUAGUUAUACUUGAUAGAAUAUAUUAUACAUCAGUUGUUAAAAUAUUUAAUUUUAAAAAAUGUUGAUCAAACAAUAAGCACCAACAACCAGAUUUCUAAUUGUUUUUCUUCUCAGACGAUUGGAAGACAUGCAGUCAUAAUAGGGCUUACGAAUAUUUCGCAGAGUCCAUUCUCUAUAAAUUGAACGAAACUGCAUUUUUUGCAAAUAAACAUUGCUCAAUUGAUCAACUAUCGUUAACUGGAGGUUUUAAAGAUUCUGAAAUCGUGUUAGUUGGCGCCUUUUGCAAUCCACAGUAAGUAAAUAUUAAAAUUAAUUCAACCUUAACACAAUAGCAUACAAUUAAUUUAAAACUAUCACUAUCACUAUCAUAACCAUUAACUUAUUAAAGUAACAGAUUUAGUUACAGAUUUUUAUAUUUUAAUUUUAGAACCGUUGGCAUUUUCGGAUUUCCAACCAAAAGUAGUGCACCUUACGUUGUGGAAAAUUCUAAAAUUCUAAAAGAGUUAUUAGAAAAUACGGCUCAGGAUAAUGUAUAGUAUGAUAUCAUUGAUGGCAAAGACGGUGUAAACCAACUUCACGGUGUUCAAGAUGUUUUUACAAAGUCGUCUACCUCUAGUGAUAAAGAUUAAUGUUCGUCUAAAUAAUUCUCGUCUAAUACAUUCUAUUAAUGUAAAAUAAUUACAUAAUAAUUCAAAACCACACAAUUUGCAUGACAGCAAAAACCUAUGUAAUAAAAAAAAGUUAACCAUAAUACUAAAAAUAUACGUUCUACUAAAUUAAAUUGUUCAAAUGACAAAAAAAAAUUUUCUUUUGAAGGUAAUUUCAUAUUGUUAUUCCUGAUAUAAACAAUGUAUAUUAUUUCGCAAUAAAGAAAAAAUUAACAAAACAAUAUUUUAUAGUAAAACGGUAAAAUUUAUAAUAUGAAGUUAUCAC